AUGUCAAGUAAAAUUGAUGUAAAACCAAUAAUUUCUGAUAUAUUAUCAAAUGAUGUAUCAAAACAACAACCAUUAACUGUUCGAGAAAAAAUUGUGAAUUUAUUUCAAGAAUUAGAAACAACACGAGAUGAUCAACGACGAGUUAAUACAGAACUUGAAAAAGAAAUUCAAGGCCGAAUUGAAGCUGAAGCUGAAGCAGCACAUUUACGACGUCAAGUACAAUUAGUUGAAGUUAAUCUUGAUAAUGCAACAGCUCGUGUUAAUCAUGUAACAACGCAAUUAAUCGAAGUUAUUAAAGUUUCAGAAGCUGCAAGACAUGUUUGUACAAAUUUAGAAAAUAAAUUAACAUCUGUUAAAGAUAAGGAAAUUGAUCUUGAUGAUGAAUUAAGAAAAGCAAAAGAAUGUAGUAUUGAAACAGAUAAACGUUUUCAAGAGAAUGCUAAUAAAUUAAAUGAAUUACAAGAACGAUUUGAAGUUGCUGAACGUCGAUCGACUGUUUCAGAACAACGAAUGGGUUCACUUGAACAAGAUAUUCGACAUGCUUAUGUAGAAAUGAAAACAUUGCUUCAAGCUGAAGAAAAAGCACAUACAACAGAAGAGAAAUAUCGAAAAAAUAUUGAAGAAUUACAAGCUCGACUUAAAUCAGCUCAACAUCGAACCGAUGAAGCCGAAACAGAUGUUGGAAAAUUACAAAACAAAGUUGAUAAAGUUAAAGAAAAAUUGGCUGAUGAACGAAAUAAAUGUCAUCAAUUACAAAAGAUGAUGGCUGCUUCAUCGGUAUCAUAA